UCAAGCUGCAUCUCGCAUGAGGCUAGAAAGGUACAGACUUGAGCGACAAGGGAAAGGGGAGUCGUCAUCGAAAAAAAAGUUGCAUAACCAGUCACCACCUCCCACUUGAUUUUUUUCUAUUGAUAUACAGUGUUUUGUUACACUGGGAAAUAAUUCCAACAAAAAAAUAACACAAUCCACUCCAGGCCGAGUAAACUGUGAGUCGGUAUCGCGCAAUGGUGGAGCAGUCGGACCGAGCUCCGCUGCUGGACUGGGAGGAAAUACCGGCCGGCGCACCGGUACCAGCACCGCCACCGGAGCGCGGAUACGUAUCAAGGGGUGCCAACUGUAGGGCACUUGGCAGCACUGCACCAGGGACCGGCUGGAGCACAAGCCCCGGAGGUCCAGGUGCAUUUCCAUCUCCAUCUCCAUCUGCAGCUGCUAGCGGGGAGGCAGAUUCUGCUCCUGUUGCCAGCGCAGAGACUGUGCGAGUGGGGCCGUGCUGGGAUGCACACAGUCCCGUGAAAGGAGAGUGCAGACUCUCGGGCUGGGAGACGGGAGGCCCGGAAAAGAAGCCUGCGACAAGUGUACCCGAGUGGGAGGAAAAGGACCAAAUCGUGGCUGUUUUUGUUGUAACAUUUGAUACCAGAUCUGGUAACAUAGUGGAAUGGUGUUUGCCUCAAGACAUUGACCUAGACGGAGUAGAGUUUAAGUCUAUGGCCAGCGGAUCCCAUAGAAUCUCUUCAGAUUUCAACUAUUUCCGCAAAGGCAGUUACUUUGGGCUUGCGUGCUUCGCGAACAUGCCGGUGGAGAGUGCUCAGGAAAGAGGGGCCCGGAUGAAGUCAGUGGGGAUUCUGUCUCCUUCCUACACCUUGCUGUACAAAUACAUGCACUUCCUUGAGAACCAAGUCAGGCAUCAGCUGGAGUCUCCGGGGCACUACACUCAGUUAGAGGCUUUUUAUGAAGACAAGAAGGGUGUCCUGCCCAUUGAGAAUGGAGCAGCUACCUCCCUCCAGCCAAUCCACUGGCUGCCUUCCAUCAACAGAUGCAUGCAUCCUGAAAUGAAGAUCACACACCCGGCCGGCUGCAUGUCCCAUUUCAUUAAGUUCUUUGGGGAGCAGAUCAUCGUCCUGUGGAAAUUCGCCCUCCUCCGGAAACGCAUCCUCAUGUUCUCUCCUCCUCCUGUGGGGGUCGUCUGUUACAGGGUGUAUGGCUGCUGCUGUCUGGCGAAUGUGUCCCUUCCUGGAAUCGGGGUCUCUGUGCCUGAGUUUCGACCAUUCUUCUACAUCAACGUGGCUGACAUCGAAGUGCUGGAGACUGAGGUCUCGUAUGUAGCCUGUACGACAGAGAAGAUUUUUGAGGAGAAGAAAGGUCUGUAUGAUGUCUAUGUGGACAAUCAGAAUGUAAGAACGCAUCACGAGAACCUGCAGCCGCUGUUGAGGAUAAAUGGUGCCGACCGAGACAAGUAUCGCAAACUCAGCGAACAAAGACAGAUGCUGCUCUACUCCCAGGAAGUAGAUCAGGACUGUAGCUCCAGUGAAGAGGACCUCUUCAUUCUGUUUUUCAUGGAGCAGAAUAACCGGAUAUUCCAGAUACUGUCGGAGGUGUCGGCCAGCCAGGACAAGACUCUGACGGAGGAGCAUGUGCGGGCAAUGGGGCUGGACCCCCAGGGAGACCGCAGCUUCCUCAUGGACCUGCUGGAGGUGUACGGUAUCGACGUCAUGCUGGUCAUAGACAAUCCCUGCUGCCCCUGAGCUGAGGGUCUGUCCGCCUGUGUGCCUCUGUGUGAUUGUGGCUAUCUGGGACCUGUAGCCACAAAGCUAUUAGGUUUAUAGUAGUGUGCAAAUGUAUUAGAACACCGCAAAUGUAUUAGAACAACAUUUAUAUAGUAAGUGAAAAGGAGUACAUAGCCACAAAUGAUAAAAUGCAUGAGACUUUUUAGAAGUUGUUUUAAGAUGUCUAAUUAAAGCACAAAGUGGUCG